GCCCGUUAUGCCUCAGCCUCCGGCCCGGCCGGCCCCGCUCUACUCGCCGCGGCAGCCCCGCCGCUGACCCGGGCGGCGACCGGAGGGCCGAGGCGCGGGACGGGGCUGCCGGGUCCUGCCGGCCUCCCUGCGGGACAGGAUGGCUUCGGUUGAAAGGGAGACGCUGUCCCAAGAUGAACUUCGGAAAAGGCUCUAUCAGACUUUUAAGAACCGAGGUGUACUGGACACACUUAAGACGCAGCUCCGAAACCAGCUAAUCCAUGAACUAAUGCACCCAAUUUUAAGUGGAGAGCUUCAGCCACAGGCUGUUCCAAAUGAUGACAGUUCACUUUUGAUCACAGCUUCCAACAGUUUGGUGGCAGAUCAUCUACAGAGAUGUGGCUAUGAGUAUUCACUUUCUGUUUUCUUUCCAGAAAGUGGAUUAGAGAAGAAGAAGCUGUGGACUAUGCAAGAUCUUCUUCAAUUAAUGAGGAUCAAUCCAAAAUCCAGUCUUUACAAAUCAUUGACUUCGGGAGCUCAGAAGGAAAAUAAAGGUUUUCUUACACAGAUUUUAAUCGGGCUUACAGACCAUCAUCUAAGUAAGGAAACUCGUGACACAGAAACUCAGACAACCUCAGUGCCUCCUUACAGAGAAUCUCUUGCUGAGAAGCUUCAGCUGAUUGAUGAACAGUUUGCAGACUCUUAUCCCCAGCAUCAGAAAUACGAAUCUUUAGAAGUAAAACUUCAUGAAUAUAGGAAAGAAAUAGAGAAGCAGCUUCAAGCAGAAAUGUGUCAAAAGCUGGAACAUUUUAAAGAAGUUGAAAUAGCGAAGAUUAAAAUGGAGGAGAAAGUGCAGACCCAGAAAGAAAUCUCUGAGCUACGUCAUGAGUUAGAGAGGAUGCAUCAGGCAAAGUCCGAAGCCUUGAUUUCUCGUGAAAAGAAUGCUAUUGAGAGGCUUCAAAAACAACAAGAGAUAGAAGCAAAGGAAGUAUAUGCUCAGAGACAAAGUCUACUGAAAGAUAUUGAAGUCAUAAGGACCAGAGAGGUGGACCUGAAGCAAAGAAUUGAGGCAUUUGAAGCCACUCAGAAACUUCAGGAAGAGAAAAAUAAAGCUAUUGAUGAUGCGCUUCGACGUCGGGAGGUUGCUGUGAAGAACAUAGAGGAGACGUAUGACCAAAAGCUUAAGACGGAACUGUUAAAAUAUCAGCUUGAAUUAAAAGAAGAAUACAUAGCCAGAACCAAUAAAGUUACUGAAGAUGAGAAAAAAAAUAAAGAGAAAGCCAUGCUUUUGCGUGAAGAAUCCAUUGCUGUUAAUUCAAAAAAGGAGGAACUCAAGCAAGCUAUAUCACGCGCAAAAGAGCUUGAGCUGGAUUUGGAGUCAGUGAAAGCCCAGGUUCUGUUGGUAAAUAAACAGAAUCAGUUGUUGACAGAAAAACUGAAAGAGGUAUCAGACUAUCCUUUGCUAAAGGAGGAGAAAUUGGAGCUCCAAGUGCAGAAUAAACUACUUAGGCAACAGUUGGAUGAGACUCGCAGUGAGAACCAGCAUCUUCGAGACAAGCUGUCCCAGCCCUCAGCGGAGCACCUGGCCUGCCAAGUGGAGCUGAGGAGAGUGGAACAUUCUAGGAAGCUGGCACUGGAUGAAUUUGAAAGUCAUAGGCAGAUUUUGGAAAAGCAGCUACAAAGUGAGGUUGAGCGUUGUGCCCAGUUAAAGACCCAACUGUUGGACUCCGAAGCUACUGUCAGGAAGUUAAAUGUGCAGGUUGAAGAACUGAAACUGCAAGUGAGACAAACGCAGGCAGCUCUGGAAAAUGAAGUGUACCGGAAUCCAAAGCCUUCACUCGUCGAUCGCUCUGUCCUUGACUUCACUGGUGACAGAAUUGUACCUCAUGACAUUUAUGUGGAUAGCGCCUUCCUGAAGAAUGAGGUUAUGACCAGUGUGAUGAAGGCAAAUGCUGUGCCAAGAGCUGGCUAUCAUCAGCAGUUACAGCCACGCAGUGCUUCUCCGGAUUCUGACCUGGAGUGUAUGGCACAAACCCGGGCUAGAAUAAAAGAACUAGAAAAAGAGGCAGAGUAUCUGGAAGAAGCCUACAGGAACUACCAACACAGAGUCAUGCAGGGUGCGGCUGCAAGCAAAGCACCAAGAAAGAUGCAGUCCCCUUUACUUCUACAGUGUGCUAUUAGUAGAGCCCCCUUGACUACGCAGCAGGAGCUCCUAGAAGAUAAUCCCAGCUCCCGGCAUUCCCCCCUGGGCAGUCCAAGAGGUGAAAAAUAUAUCAAAAGAACUGGGCAGGUUGAUGUCUUUAAAAAUCCCUUAACACCACCACACAGAGGAGCAUCUUCUUCAAGACGCCUUUCUUCUACUCCUGUUUCCAAAUUGGAAAGGGAUCUCAGUAACAAGAAAAUUUCAGAUGACAUCAGUGGCUUGUACCUUGCUUCUUCACAGCAGAGUGUUGACCAGGUGCUUUCUCCUAUUUCAAAGCCUAUUUCAUCUUCCGAGUCUGUUUCUUCCUCACCAUCCAGUCGUGGCCAGAAAAUCAGACUUCAUAAUCAACGAACAGAUAAACAAGAUUCCAGUGAUGUCCCCAAACCGGAAAAACUAAUGUAUGAGGACCUUGAAGAAUGCAUUUCUUCUCCUGAAUAUCAGGGGGACAUUCCAGAGCAGUGUGAAAGUGAUGCCUUGCAUCCAUCUGGGGACAUCGUCAAUGGAAACCAUGUCACAGCCGCUCUGCCAGCAACAGCCACUUCGCUGCAGGACUUAACGGUGCUGGAUCAAAGACAGAUUGAAGAACAGAACAAAGAAGUUGAGAAAAACUUAGAAGAGAGGGAAGCAAGAGAAGAAAGGGGAGGGGGAGAACAACAGGAAUCUUUGGAAAGAGAGCAAACAGAAGUGGAAAAGCUGAACAAAGAGUGGAUCCAAGACUCAAGAAAAAUAGAUGAAGAAAAAGAAGAUGAGGGAGAAAAAUUUGAAAACUGUAAUUCUGGUGCUGAAGAUGACUUAAAGGAUCCUGCUCCAAAUCCAUUAGAAAAAUACAUGAGAAUAAUUCAGCAGAGCAGAGAGCAGGAACUGGCAAAUAAGGAUUUGAAGAAAGAAGAAACAGGAGAUUUAUCGCUUACAGAGGGACUUUUGUCUAGCGAAAGGGAUGACAGUGCCACAGGCAUUUCUCACGGAGACGUGGAUGAAAACUUCUGGUGAACAAUGGCUACUGAUUUUUUUUUUUUACAGUUAUUACUACAAUAAAAACGUUUUUAACGCAGCUUUCUAACUAACUGUAAGAAGUUGUAAUAAAUGUUCUGCACAAAGAUCAAAGGCUGUAUAAUUAUAAAUUAAUAAAGCUGAUUUUGAGCUGUCUCAUCACUUCA